UGUCGCGGAUAUCAUACCAUCAAAGUUUAAUUAUAUCUUGUUAAAUGUGCCUGAAUCGAAACACAGUGGUUUUUAAUUAACAGGAAGCGCAGUUAUAGUAUCUACUGUCUCUGUUCGAUUUUUCUGUCUUUCUCUUUCUUUAGACACUGACUGUGAGAUAAAAGACAAACACAAUAUUCAGUAUGAACAUUGUUUUCGACUUCAUAAGGAAUGUGCUUUUGAGCAUGUUACAGUUAAUUUGGUUCGGAAAGCGUAGAAUAUCCAAUUCACUCAGUAUAUAUGUGAAAACGAAUACUGGGAAUACUCUUGCUGUUGAUCUAGAUCCAAAAUGGGAUAUAAAGAACGUGAAAGAAAUAGUGGCCCCUCAAAUGGGUACAUCACCCAGAGACAUAAAGAUUAUAUUUGCAGGGAAAGAGCUGCACGACUCAACAAUAAUAGAAGAAUGCGAUUUAGGGCAACAGAGUAUUUUACAUGCUAUUCGUACUCCACAUCAACGAUUGAACAGAAGUAAAGAUACAAGUACUAUCAACGAAUCUUCAGAAACAUCUGAAUUCAAUGAUAGUGGUGGAAAACCAUUGAAUGAAACUUUAAGUGAUUUACCUCUAGAUGAUUCAGAUCUCCAAGAGAAUUCACCUAAGGAAGAAUAUCAGGAGAGUCGAGCACAUUUCUUUGUAUUUUGUUCAAGUCCUUGUAAAGCAGUCACAACAGGAAAAUUGAGAGUGAAAUGUGCUACCUGUAAUAGCGGAGCUGUUACUGUAGAUAGAGACCCUCAGAGUUGGCCUGAUGUACUCUCGCCACGAAGAAUAACAGUUCACUGUGAAAACGACUUAUGUCCUGCACCUACAACAAUUUCUGAUGAUAUUGAAACUCAAGUUUUAUAUGCGCAUUUUUAUUUUAAAUGUGCAAACCAUGCUAGCCUUGGAGAACAAGAUGAAGCAGUUCCACUCUACCUUGUAAAACCAAACUUAAGAAAAAUUCCUUGCUUAGCAUGUACAGACAUUAGAGAUACAGUAUUGGUCUUUCCAUGUGAGGCAGGGCAUGUAACUUGUCUUGAUUGCUUCAAAGAUUAUUGUUCAGUUCGCUUAAGAGAACGUCAGUUCCAAUUUGAUGAGGCUAAAGGAUAUUAUACACUUCCAUGUCCAGCAGGAUGCCCAGAUUCACUUAUUCCUGAAGUUCAUCAUUUUCACCUACUUACUCCGGAACAGUACGAACAGUAUCAGAGAUUUAGUACAGAAGAAUAUGUUUUACGUGUUGGUGGUCUUCUUUGUCCAAGACCAGAUUGUGGGAUGGGAAUUAUACCAGCUACAGAGGAUGAUGGUAGUGAUAAUGAAGAAUGUAGGAAAAUACAGUGCAUUGGAGGCUGUGGGUAUGUUUUCUGCAGAAGAUGUUUACAAGGGUUCCAUGUAGGGGAAUGUGAAUCACAGCCAUAUGCAUCUUCUAAUGCAACACAAAAUUCUGGUGGAUAUUCUGUGGACCCACAAAGAGCUAAAGAUGCAAAAUGGGAUGAAGCCAGCAAAAAGACUAUACAGAUAUCAACAAAACCAUGUCCAAAAUGCAGGACACCAACUGAAAGAGAUGGAGGAUGUAUGCAUAUGGUUUGUACAAGAGCUGGCUGUGGAUAUCACUGGUGUUGGGUUUGUCAAACACAGUGGACAAGAGAGUGUAUGGGUAAUCAUUGGUUUGGUUAAUGAAUAACCAUUGUUUAGAAACUUAUAUAUAUAUAUAUCACUAAUUUGUACAGAUAUAAAAAAAAUAAAAUUUGGAUAUAAUGUUUUUAUGGAAGAUUGGAUAUCAGUUAAUUCGAAGAUAUGUUUAGAAAGGAAUAGUAUCUACAUAUUUUUUGAAAAACGAAUAAUAUUUUAUAUGUAGUGCGUUUCAGUUGUACCAUUUCAUAAUUAUAUUAUAAAUAUAUAAUUUAUUAAAAUUCUUGAUGCUUUUUAAGAACUUCGUUGCUAUUUAAUAUAAAUUAAUUAUUGUAUAUGUAACAAUUACAAAUUUAUAUUUGGAUAUAAAUUGUAAUAAAUUAUUAUGAACUAAAUGUAA